AUGCUUCAUCUAGGCUUCAAACUUGUAAACACUUUUAAUUAUUUCGCUGAACUUACUUAUCCUUUCUUUGCUAAAUCUGAAUUUUAUACGAAGAUUCUCAGCUUCUUUCCAGAUCCAGUAGUGGAGGAUUGUCUGUCGAAGGACAAGCGUCGACAUGGAAUAUGCAUGAAUAGAAACGAUUGUCGGGAGCAACGUGGCAUCUCCAGUGGGCCCUGCGCUCUGGGCCUUGGCGUAUGCUGCGUCUUCACAACGAGCUGUUCUGGCGAGGUGCUGCGCAACCAGACGUACAUCACGAGCCCAGGAUUCCCGAACCUCAUCGAUCAGCCGAUGAACUGCUCGGUGCUCGUCAAGAAGAUCGACAACCAAAUCAGCCAGCUGAGAAUCGAUUUUCUCCACUUCAACGUGGGCCAGCCUAACCGGAAGACUGGGGUUUGUGACGACGAUGUCAUGCUGGUGAGAUCCGGCGAGAGGACCUUCCAGCUCUGCGGUUGGAACAGCGGCCAGCACAUCUACAUGGACGUAGGGGAGGAGCCGGUGACGAUAAACUUUCGACUGCUGGGUGGCUUGGUAUCGCGCAUGUGGGAGCUCAGGGUUGUGCAGCUGGGGUUCGAACAACGCGCUCCAGCUGGUUGCUUGCAGUACCAUCAAUCGGCGAACGGCACCCUUCGCACCCUGAACUACCUGCCCGGGAAUGGCCGGUACCUAGCCAACCACGACUACCUGAUAUGCAUGCGUCAGGAGUACGGCAUGUGCAGCGUAGCCUACUCGCCCUGUUCCAGCGAUUCGUUCAGGAUCGGAGGUCCCAGGGGUACGGGGUACAACGAUACCUCGGCGCUGCUCAGUGCAGGUGAUGAAAGCCAGGAAGACGACGAGGGUUCGGGUGUUGGCAGCGAGCGUUUGUCGAUGGUGGGCGUUGACAGGUGCAAGGACCGGGUUCUCAUUCCCUGCGACUUUGAGGAAUUUAUUACGCCGGGCAACGACGUAGCUGGCAUCUGCGACCUCGAGCACUGCGGCACCUCAUUGUGCGACACCAGGAAUCUGGGAGGCGGGCGUAGAAGUGGUAGUACCUCCACGGAGUCGAUGAUGUCGGCUACAGCAACGCCAGGUGGAAGCGGGGCAUCAGCCUGCCGUGUGGAAACUUCAGCACUGCCGUUCCACAUUAGGGUGGCCUUUGGAUCUGGUGGGCAGAACGGAUCUUCGCCCGAGGACAACAUCGGCAUGUGCCUCAAUUACGAACAGCUGCCCUGUCUCGCGUGAAAUUUUCAUUGUAGAAGCUUGCGGGGCAUUCUGGAAUUUUUCUUCCUCUAUUACUAUCUGGC